AUGGCAUCUAUUUCAAUAGGAGAGAGAGGAUGCGAGUCUUCCUCUUCGGCCCAAUCUCCCUCUCCCACCGUACAACCUCCAAAAUUGUUUUUCAUUCCUUCUCCUUCAUCAAUCAAGAAGAAAAAACAUGAGAGUAAUGGCGACCACAAUACCCACUCUAGCUUAUCGGAUCAGAUGGAUUCCUUGCAAGAAAUGAAAAAGAUUUCGCUGGAAAAGGAGUUACCUUUCAAGGUUUCUAAAGCUGUCUCACAAGUCUCUGAGAGUCCCGAAACAAAGAAUAUAUUCAACGAUAAUUCAACUAUAACAUGUCCCAGUUCUCAUGUUACUCAUGAGAUCCUAACCGAUACAAAGACGAUGAAUAAGGAAGCCCUCAAUGAGAGAAAGAAACAUCUUCAAACCGAACUAUCCUCCUUAGCUCCAAAAGAUUUACUUGUUUCCGAGUUGUAUCAUUUGGAACAUCCUCCACAAGUGUUUAUGAAAGGAACAGAUUUGUUCGAGAGAAUGGAUACUGAAGGAGCAUCUUCGGGAGGCUUCACUCUAGAGUCCAUUCUUUCAAGUGUUUAUUCGGAAAAGGAAAACAAUGUCAAGUACAUUACUGAAUCCCUUUUGGAAAACUAUCAGUUGAUGGUGGGGGAGUCCUAUCAAGCAACGACUCUUGAAUCUUUAAGAAGUUUAAUUGAUUCAAACGAUGAGGAACGGAUUAGUGGUGAGAAGAACAAUGACGCUCUUGCUGACAAUUCUCAUGAGUUGAAAACAUUGUGUCUGCAUUUUCCUGAUCUUCUGCCAAGCUUCAUUCCCCAUAACCAAACCACACAAAUACUCAACCACAAAGAUGAGGGAUUUCUCUUUCGCGUGGUUGAAGAAAUACUAUCGAGCGGAUCUUCCAUUUCCUUGAAUGAAGUGACAUGUAGAGUUCGAUUUUUGCAGACUCUCCAAGAGAAGUUACGAAUUGAAUAUCAGUGUUACCAAACCCAUCCACGCUGUGUGGACAGGAAAAUGAUAAGAGAUGCAUUGUUGGCUUUGAUCAUAGUGUUCUCUUCCAUCAAUAUUUCAAGAGAGCUUGUGUCAUUUGGCAUUUUGGAUUUAUUGGUGGAGUAUUUGAGAAUUGAAAAGAGAGAAGAGGAGUAUUUGAAAUUUGUUGGAUUUAUUUUGCAAUUCAUGAACGAUGUUGUGGAGAAGGCGGAUCAGUCAAGGCAUUUACUUCAUUGGAUUCUUCAUGGGAAAGCAUUAUUUGUGCUGAUCCAAAAAUUAAACAUGACCAUGGAAAUGAUUGAAAGAUCGAAAGAGAUGCCUAUCAGAAAUAACCUUCCAAGACAAGAAACAGAAGACGUAUCACUCAUGAUGUACGAUUGUUUUAUAGCAAGAAAAAUAAUCAAAAUGUUCAUGACCUUGUCGUCAUGUGGAAGAUUGCAGAUAUUUUGCUCACAGUCCUUACAAUCUGAUCACCAUUCUAAAGAAGUGAAAGAGAUGCCGCAGACACUGAUGAAAUCCAUGUCUCUCGUCGAAAAUAUGAGAAUAACCACAAUGAAACUUCUUGCUAAUUUGACAGACGUUCCUCGACUGAGGAUUUGCAUUUUGGAAGAAUUACCUUUCAUUCGAUUAGUAUUAAGAAAUAUGGAGGAUAUGAAGAGUUUCAUGUGCUCCUAUUAUAUAUUUCUGCAAAUAUGCCAUCAUCCUUCGGUGGUAAGUGUUGAAACCUUCAUUGAAAGAAAACCCCUUACACAGUUUCCCAAAAAGAAUACCAAACAUAUCAACUGCGUACUAUGGAGUCUGAUUCUCGCAAUAUGCAGUGCAGAGCAGUUCGAGCAUAUCACAAGCAUUGCAACAGAAAUCAAUCGAGUUCUUCAAAAGUAA